AUGGACGAUGACAGCGAGUGGGCUAGUGAGCCCAUUGCCAUCAUUGGCAUGAGCUGCAAGUUCUCUGGUGGUGCCAGUGACCCAGAUAAGCUCUGGGAUCUGUUAGUUUCAGGACAGACUGGUUGGAGUGAGAUACCAGAGGACCGAUUCAAUCUAAAAGGAAUCUAUCACCCUAACAAUGAGAGGGUCAGCACGACACACGUCAAGGGGGGUCACUUUCUUGACGACGAUAUAGCAUGUUUUGAUGCUGCGUUCUUCAACUACUCGGGAGAAACAGCACAGGCGCUUGAUCCACAAUUCCGAAUGCAGCUCGAGUCGACAUUCGAGGCAUUAGAAAAUGCCGGCCUUACGCUGCAGCAGGUGGCUGGAUCACAGACGUCCGUAUUUGCUGGCGUGUUCACACACGAAUACCACGAGGGUCUAUCGCGCGAUGAGGACCAACCGCCGCGGUUCAUGCCAAUAGGCACGUGGAACCCAAUGUCGUCGAACCGCAUCUCACACGUUUUUGACUUCCGCGGUGCCAGCAUGACGCUCGAGACUGGCUGCUCGACCACGCUGGUGGCAUUGCACCAGGCCGUGCAGACCCUGCGUAACCGCGAGGCCGAUAUGUCCGUGGUGACCGGCGUCAAUUUAAUGAUAGGCCCGGACCCGUUUAAGACCAUCGGCUCACUCGGCAUGUUGUCGCCGGACGGUAAAUCGUACGCGUUCGAUAAUCGUGCCAACGGCUACGGCCGUGGCGAGGGCGUUGCCACCGUUGUGAUCAAACGACUUUCGGACGCGCUGGCCGCCAACGAUCCUAUCCGCGCCGUCAUCCGUGAGACAGCGCUUAACCAGGAUGGCAAAACAGAGACCAUUACGACGCCGUCGGGCCCCGCCCAGGAAACACUUAUGCGCGAGUGCUACCGGCGUGCCGGCCUUGAUCCGCGCGGCACACAGUACUUUGAGGCGCACGGCACGGGCACACAGGCCGGCGACCCGAUUGAGGCACGAGCCAUGGCCAACGUGUUCAGCGGCGUUGACGAAAACGGUGACGGCGGCCGUGACGAGGCACAUUACCUGCGCAUCGGCUCAGUCAAGACCAACGUGGGCCACACCGAGGCGGCGUCGGGUUUGGCCGCCAUAAUCAAGGGUGUUUUGUGCCUGGAAAAAGGCCUGAUCCCCGCCAGCGUAAACUAUGAGACGCCCAACCCAAAGGUCAAGCUAGACGAGUGGCGUCUCAAGGUGGCAACAGCACUAGAGCCGUGGCCUGAGAGCCUGGUCGACGGCCCGAACCGCCUGUCAGUCAACAACUUUGGCUAUGGCGGUAGCAACGCGCAUGUCAUUAUGGAGAGCGCGGAACCAUGGAUUUUAACGCCGACUAUGUCUUUCCCACUCAAUGGUUAUAGCACCAGUAAUGGAAAUGGCACUAGCAACGGCCAUUCGAACGGCAAUGGUCAUAUAAACGGAAACGGCAAGAGCAACAGCACCGACAAAACGGCUGAAAGCAAAGUGUUGAUUCUCAGCGCUCGCGACGAGCGCGGCUGCCAGCGUAUGGUGGCGGACAUGAAGAGUUAUUUAGAAAAGCACAAGUCUCUCAAUUUUGAGGCUGCCGAUGCGCUGCUGCGCGAUCUCAGCUACACGCUGACUGAGCGACGCACAAUCUUCCCGUGGGUGGCAGCCCACCAGGUGCAUCUAGAAGCAGGUGCAGACCGCCCCAUCGAAGCUGUCAUUGAGGCGUUCGACUCACCGCGCUUUAAACCCAGCCGCGUGCCCACCAGCCAACCGCGCAUCGGCAUGGUCUUCACCGGCCAGGGUGCGCAGUGGAAUGCCAUGGGUCGUGAGUUGUUGGCAGAAUAUCCGGUGUUCCAGCAGUCCAUUUCCGAAGCUGAUACGCACCUACGCAAUAUUGGCGCCACCUGGUCGCUGCUGGAGGAGCUGCAGCGCGACCCCAAGACUACGAGAGUGCACUCGACGUCGAUCAGCAUCCCUGUGUGUGUGGCAGUGCAAAUUGCGCUAGUGCGCCUGCUAAAAUCAUGGGGUAUCACGCCCGCAGCUGUCACCAGUCACUCAUCAGGCGAGAUCGCGGCGGCUUACACGGUCGGCGCGCUGAACUUCCGCCAGGCCAUGGCAACGGCCUACUACCGCGCCGUGCUGGCGGCAGACGAGUCGCUGCGAGUGACCGGAGGGCCCAAGGGUGGCAUGGCAGCCGUGGGUCUAGGCGCAGAGGAAGCACAGGAGUACCUUGACAGAGUGGCCGACGUGGGCCAAGUCGUUAUCGCCUGUGUGAAUAGCCCGGAGAGCGUCACUGUCUCUGGUGACGCCGAUGCCGUUAUUGCCGUCGAGGCGAUGUGCAAGGAAGAUGGCGUAUUUGCGCGCAAGCUUAAGAUCGAGCAGGCGUACCACUCGCACCACAUGGACCCGCUGGCAGACGCGUACCGCGAGCUCCUACGUAAGGAGAUGGCGAGGACGGUCACGAAGCAAUUGAACGGGGAAGAGGAAGAAGAAGAAGAACUCAAGGUCAUAUUUUCGUCAGCUGUCACCGGCGGUCGGAUUACUGACGCCAAGGAGAUCGCCGAUCCUGACCACUGGGUGGGUAGUCUGGUGCAGCCGGUGCUGUUCGUGGAUGCCUUCACGGAGAUGGUGCUUGGCGAGACAGACGAUGCGAGUGGCCGCAGUAUCGACGUGGUGCUCGAGGUUGGCCCGCACACGGCGCUAGGAGGACCAAUUCGCGAGAUCAUGUCGUUAGUUGAGUUCGACGGCAUCGAGCUACCCUAUUGGGGAUGUCUAGUGCGCAACGAGCACGCUGGCAACACUAUACGCGCUGCAGCCAUCAAUCUACUGCGCGAGGGUAUGCCGGUCGUUUUGAGUGAGAUCAACUUCCCGAAGUCAUCAUCCGAGCACUCGUAUCUUUACGACGAGGACCUCCCUCACGUCUUGACUGACCUGCCCACCUACCCCUGGAACCAUUCAAUGCGGCACUGGCAGGAGUCACGCGUCAACCGCGCCAUCCGUGCACGCAGCCAGCCACCCCACGAUCUGCUAGGGAUGCCGGUUGCCGGGAACGACCCGGCCACGUCUGUCUGGCGUCGCAAUCUGCGCGUCUCCGAGGUGCCCUGGGUCCGCGACCAUAUGGUGCAGGGCAGCAUUGUGUACCCGGGCUCCGGGUAUGUGUGCCUGGCUAUUGAGGCCGCCAAUCAGCUGGCCAAGGCCGAAGACGAUCAGAACAAGAUCUCAGGCUUCCGCUUGCGUGACGUCGACUUUAUGGCGGCACUCGUGAUCCCCGACAGCGCCGAGGGGGUUGAGAUCCGCACCACGCUCCGGCCUGUGCCUGAGCGGGAACUGGGCCUGCGCGGUUGGCGGACCUUCGAGGUUUCGACAGUCACGCCCGAGAACCGGUGGACUCUGCACGCCCGGGGCCUGAUCACUGUUGACGUGGAGGAGGAAUUGGAUGAAGAGAAAGUCCCGGCGCAGACAACGCCAGAGAACGACCAGACCGGCCUCCGUCCUCUAUCAGCCUACACGCGCCACAAGGAUCCACGCGACAUGUUUGCCAACCUACGGGCACGCGGCGUGUAUCACGGCCCGCUAUUCCAGAACACGACUAAGAUCGUGCAGGAUGGCCGGGAGCCUCGGUCGGUAUGCGACGUCACGAUCCGAUACGAGUCAGCGACCGACACAGAUCCGGUGGCAGCGGCGCAAGAAAGCGUGCUGCACCCCAUCACGCUGGAUGCCGUGGUGGUGUCGUUUUUCUCGGCGUUGCCUGGUGUCGGCUCGGUGGUUGAGGACCCCAAGCUGCCGCGGUCGAUCCAGGCCAUGUGGGUCUCGAGCAACAUCAGUCGCGAAGUCGGGCACACUUUGCGCUGUGAUACGUCACUUUCACACGAUGACCCCCAGAGCGGUAGGGCCGAUGUCACCGUUGUCGAUGGCCAGACCGGCGCGACGGUUCUCGAGAUCCAAGGCCUUGCUAGUGUCUUCCUGGGCCGCGGCAGCGGCGCCACAGCGCGUCAGGACGCGGCUAACAAGGGGGAGGAAGAGGUAUGCAGCAAGGUCGAGUGGGGACCUGACCUGUCACUACAGCAGCCGCUGGCACUAGCACAGCUCAAGAAGGAGCUGGAGCUGACUGUUGGGGUCUCUGAGGCCUCCAUCACAAAUCUUUCCCGCGCGGUGUUCUACUUCGCCCAGGAGGCGCUGAAGUCGCUCACCCCCGAAGAUGUGGAAGACGAGCAGUCGUACCUUGGCAAUUAUUAUACGUGGCUCACGCAACUAGUUGCCCAGGGCGACAGCCAGAAAUGGGCGCUAGAUGGCCCGGAAGAGCGCGAAAAGCACCUAGCCGCUGUAGCCUCGCAGAGCGUUGACGGCGAGCUGAUCAGCCGUCUUGGCCCCCUAGUCGGGCCUAUCCUUCGCGGCGAGAGCAACCCUCUAGUGGCCAUCACCGAGGACGGGCUGCUGCAUAAGUACUAUGCCCACUCUGUGCGUUCGGCGCCGUCGCUCACACAGCUGUCGACGCUGGUGCGUAAAGUGGCCCACAAGAACCCGGCUGCCCGCGUUCUGCAAGUCGGCGCUGGCACUGGUGCUGCUGCCACUCGGCGUAUUCUUGAAGCGCUUGGCACGCCCAAGGUCCCUCUGGUUGCCAGUUGGCACAUUACCGAGCCCUCGGCAGACGUCUUGGAAGAUGCCCAGGCUGAGCUGGCCGAUUGGGCCGAUCUGCUCGAGUUCAGCGAGCUCGACAUCGACAGUGACCCGUCUAAACAGAAACUUACGCCCGAGAGCUACGACAUCAUCGUAUUCUACCAGUCUCUGCGCACGGCCAAAGAUGUACCUGGCACUCUGGCCCAUAUGCGUAGCCUUUUGAAGCCCGGCGGCACGCUACUGCUGGUAGAGACGACUCAGGAUCAAACUCAGGCUGAUCUCUCGUUUAUCUUUGGCUUGCUUCCCACCGAAUCAUCUCCCCUUUUGACGUCUUCCUGGGACAGCGUGCUUCGCGAAGCUGGUUUCAGCGGUGCUGACCUUGCCAUCGGCGACGCCACAACCACCAUCUUGUCCACGCUGCCGCUUGCCGAGCACCAAAAGCUAGACCUGAGCCGCGCCAGUAACCCAGGCGGCUUUGCUGUCGUGACUAGUAACAAGACACCUUCGCCAGCUGGUCUGGUCGAUCUGCUGACCCAGCGCAUCCAAGAUUUGACUAAAACUGCAGUGGAACAUCUCGUGCUAGAGGAAAGCAGCCUCGACGCAUACGGAGCCAAGGUCUGCAUUUUUGUCAGCGAAAUCGAUGAGCCGACCAUACUGACCGAUCUUGAUGCCGCGCGUAUUGAAGGCUUCCGCGCUAUGAUCACGCAGUGUGGUGGCCUACUCUGGAUCACUACCGGCGGCGCUGUCGACAGCGAGCAGCCAGAGCAUGCACUUGCCCAGGGAUUCCUACGCGUCCUUCGGAACGAAUAUGUUGGCCGGCGCUACCUCUACCUGGACCUGGACCCACACGCCGAGCAAACCACUGAGGACGUCGUCUCGGUCAUCGCGCAAGUUCUCCAAGAGGGCUUUGGCCAUGUCGAUGAUGUCCUGGCCACCGAGACCGGCCCGGCUGAGUUCGAAUAUGCCCAGCGCAACGGCGUGCUACUAGUCCCGCGUAUCUACAAGGAUGAGGAACACAACGAUAUGGUCACCGGCCCGCUCACAGCAACAUGGGGUGACCUUGAUGCAGCAGCCAGUGUCCCCUUGGAGCCCCUAUUCCAAACGAACCGGCCACUACGGCUGCAGGUCGGUAUCCCGGGGCACCUGGACACGUUGGCGUUUGUGGAUGACGAUGAGGAUCGCACAGAUAAGAGUCUUGCACCUGAAAACGUCGAGAUCACGCCGCGGGCCUUUGGCCUCAGCUCACGCGAUGUCAUGGCUGCGUUGGGCCAGCUCAAAGACCGUGCCAUGGGUCUCGAGUGCGCUGGUGUUGUCUCCCGCGUUGGCAGCGAGGCUCAGGCAAAGGGCGGCUACAAUGUCGGCGAUCGUGUCAUGGCCCUCCUGCCUGGGGAUGGUAGCGCUUCUAUCCGUAGCAAUGUCACCGUUGCCUGGAAUGGUAGCAUCGUCAAAGUACCCAGCAACAUUACUAGCUUUGAGGACGCCGCCUCCCUGCCACUAGCUUUCACCAUUGCUUACACCGGCCUCGUUGAUUCUGCCCGACUUGCACCGGGACAGUCUGUGCUCAUUCAUGCUGCAGCUGGAGCUAUUGGACAGGCCGCUAUCAUGUUAGCAAAGCAUCUCGGGGUAAUAGAGAUCUUCGCCACCGCUGGGUCUCCGGAGAAGCGCGACUUCAUCAGCAGCAAGUACGAUAUCCCCAGUCACCGUAUUUUCAGCAGUCGCGAUACCUCGUUUGGCCCCGCUGUUCUAGCUGCCACAAGCCGACGCGGUGUCGAUGUCGUACUUAACUCGCUGCCCGGCCCACUGCUGCAGGCCAGUCUUGAUGCCCUUGCACCUCUCGGCCAUUUAGUUGAAGUCGGCAAACGCGAUAUCGAAGCCAACGGCCUGCUUGCGAUGGCAUCUUUCUCUCGCGGUAUCUCGAUGACGGCGCUGGACAUUCCAAUGCUGGUGCAACGGCGCGGCGCCGAUGUCCACCGUGUGCUCGCCGAGGUCGCCAAGCUUAUCGAACAGCAGGCCCUCAACCUGGUCCAGCCCGUCACAGUCCACCCUCUACAAACCGUCCAGGGCGUCUUCAAGUUUAUACAGACCGGCGCACACACCGGUAAAGUCGUCCUCUCGGCCGGACCAGAUGAUCAAGCUCCAGUGGUCCCGCGAUCAAAUCACGUCGCAGCCGCUGCCCGAGUCCGACUCAGUCCCGAUGCCUCAUACCUCAUCGUUGGCGGUGUUGGCGGUAUCGGCCGCUCCGUCGCGCAUUGGUUGGUAGCCCACGGCGCCAAGAAUUUGAUUCUGCUGUCGCGUAGCGCUGGCAAUAUCGAUUUGCCAGAAAACCAAAACACCGACGGCGCCCUGUUCGUGCGCGAGCUACGCGAGUCUGCAGGCUGCCGCGUUAAACCUGUCAGCUGUGACAUUUCGCUGGCUAGCGAGCUAGUGAAAGCUCUGCGCGCCUGUGCUGACGACGGCUUCCCGCCUGUGCGCGGCAUUAUUCAGGGUGCCAUGCUGCUACGUGACGCCAUAUUCGAGCAGAUGACGCUGUCCGACUGGCAUAGUGGUCUUCGGCCCAAGGUCGACGGAACCUGGAACCUACACACUGAGUUCGCGGCACCAGGCUCGCUGGACUUCUUCGUCAUGCUAUCAUCUGUCUCGGGCGUGCUGGGCAUCGCUUCACAGACUAACUACGCCGCUGGUGGCACCUACGAGGAUGCCAUGGCGCACUGGCGCCAGUCCAAGGGACUGCCAGGCGUUUCUAUCGACCUGGGCCCUAUUUCCGAUGUUGGCUACGUUGCUGAGACUGCCAAGGUGGCCGAGCGCCUGCGCAGGUCUGGCGACUAUGUCAUGCUUGACGAGGCCACUGUUCUGCGCGCGCUCGGCGCCGCUGUGGCUCGUCCCCUCGGCGGCCGCCGCCAGAUCAUUAUCGGGCUUAAUACAGCGUCAGGACCGCAAUGGGACGCUCACGGUGGCUCACAGCUUGGACGAGAUGCUCGAUACGUGCACCUGAAACGUCAAACCAAGGUGUCGCGUGCGGCACCGGCAGGUGAAGGAGAAUCCGGUGCCGGCCUUUCACUCUCUGCACAGCUAGCCGAUGUUGGCUCGCGUGAUGACGCUGCCCGCCUCAUUAGCACUGCCAUCGCUGCCAAGUUGGCUGACAUUUUCAUGAUCGAUGUGGCCGAGAUUGAUAUCAGCAAGACGCCAGCCAGUUACGGCGUUGACUCGCUUAUCGCCGUCGAGUUGCGCAAUAUGCUGGUCCUGCAAGCUGCCGCCGACGUCUCCAUCUUCAAUAUCCUACAGAGCGCUUCCCUUGCUGCUCUAGCUGCCGAUGUGGCUGCAAAGAGCCGCCACGUCGAGGCCACUGCUUAG